CCGGACCAGGACCCAGAGUUCACGAACGCUGACGGUCUCAGUGUCGAUCCUGCGGGACUCUGUGUCGAGGGAGGUGCGCCUGUGACUCCAUGUUGUUUUUAAUGAGUCCAUUGUUAGUGUAGUCUGACCCUCUGCCACUGUUCCUACCAUGUCUGCCAUUAAGUAUAUUGGAGGACUGAAGGAGUACCUGGCCAGGGGAGAGUGCGUAAAUGAAAGUUCCAUCUUCAGGCUUCAUUACCAGUUCACAGUUGUGCUUUUAAUUGGUGCGUCGAUCCUGCUGACGGCGGCCGAGUUCUUCGGCACCCCCAUAGACUGCAUCACUGGACUCUCGCAGAAGAAUGUCAUCAACACCUACUGCUGGAUACACUCCACCUUCACUAUACAAGAUUACUAUUUACGAGAGAGGGGAUCCCAAGUAGCAGAGCCAGGGGUCGGGUCUCCAAAAGGAUAUGAAGAAGAAAUAGAGGCAAAGUGGCGUUUCCACAACUACUAUCAGUGGGUUGUCUUUUUCCUUUUUUUCCAAGCUGCAUUAUGCUAUAUUCCCAAGUUUGUUUGGAACACUUGUGAAGGUGGGUUGAUGACUACUAUAUCCCAGGGGCUAAACCCAGGACUACACAAAGAGGAUGAAGUCAGUUCACGCAAGAAAGUUGUCAUUGACUACAUUGUUAAACACAUUCGGAUGCACAAUGGUUACGUCUUCAAGUACUGGUUCUGCGAGUUGCUGUGCUUCAUAAACAUUGUUGGUCAGCUGUUCUUGAUUGACAGGUUCCUGGGAGGAGAGUUUCUCACAUAUGGUCCAAGAGUUGUGGAGUACAGUGAAAUGGACCAAGAGGAACGAGUUGACCCUAUGAUCUAUGUUUUCCCGCGUAUGACCAAAUGCCACUUCCACAAAUUUGGUCCUUCGGGUACUUUGGAACGUCAUGAUGCUUUCUGUCUGCUUCCACUUAAUAUCCUCAACGAAAAGGUGUUCAUAACAGUGUGGUUCUGGUAUGUGAUUCUGGCCACCCUUUUAGGAGUACUACUAUUGUACCGCAUAGCUCUCUUCGCCCUACCUGGCCUGCGUCCACGUGCCAUGCACAAACAUAAUAAGGCUGUCCCCAUUGAGACUGUUGAAGCUAUCACAAAUAAAACUUCCAUUGGUGACUGGUGGAUCCUAUACGUUUUAUCAACAAACAUCGAUCCAUUAGUGUACCGAGACAUUAUGACGAGACUUUCAAAGGAGAUUGAAACUGCUAACAGCAAUAUGCCAUACAACAAUGCAGGAUUAUAUUCAUCGUCAUCUGUAUGAAUGUUGGAGGACAUGGACUGAGGGCUGUCACCACCAGCUGAAGGUGCACAAGCUAUACGCACUUAUGUAAGUGGAUUUAUACCUAUAUUACACGUCUUUAAGUUGGGCAAGUAAUGGGUCACUUACACUGACAUUUUCAGUGCUGUGAAUGGUAUGCUUUGGGAAUAGGCAAUGUUAAAAUACGGAUCAGAGGUUAUUUAUCCGCUUUAAGGAGUAACCUACUGCACCAAAAUGUUUGUAAAUGUAUUUUAUAGUGUGGUGGAUUAUAUUUCAGAUAUCUAAUGUAAUUACUGUACCUGAAAUACAUUUGCACCUAAUGCCAUGUCCCAUUUUUCUAAAUCUUGAAUCCUGUUAAUAUUGCCUCACUUUAUUCAUAUGGCCUUCAUUUUCAUUUUAUAUUUAAAAAAAAAGCGACGAUAUAAAUGGUAAAGCUGCGGCAAUUUUUUUUUAAGGAAGUAAGUUUAGCUAGUUUUUGUAAUAAAAAUGGGAUGAAUAGUGGUGACUGGAAAAAGAGGCAUUAGGUUUUAAGUUGACACCAUUGCAGGUGUUACGGAGGCCACCAUAUAUCAUGUACCGUGCUGUAAUAGCAUUUCAACAUCUGACUAGCCGAGCCUUUUGCAACUUCACUGAUUGCAUUAUUUUCUAUUAAACUUUUAUGCAGUCACUUUCAUUAAAAGUGCAAGUUUCCACUUUAGUUACCAGCAUUCUACAUUCCCUUCAGCUGAGAUUGUCACAUAUGAUCUUGUGAUUAGUUCUCCUUUAGGUAAGGAGAACUAACCAUACUGCACGUGGGCGACAGCCUUUAGUCCUUGUCAUGGAAUGUCACUUAUGAAUUUAUUCCCUAAUGCUUUGUAUUAAUACUGAUGCAGGAUAGUCCUUUCAUAUUGUUAUUCUAUGUACUGUAGUUGUAUGUUCCAAAAGUUUUCAACUAUUUAUUUAUUUUUUUAAAUACGUUGAGGUAAUGUAUUUUGAGACCCCCCAUUCAGGAGUAGUUGACUUUCCAGAAUGCCGAUUGUUUAAACAUUGCUGUUAAUGCUCAGACAUUCGUUGUAGCAAUAAUUGGUAACAGUGUUACCACAAUGCUGUGUAUGGGAAAAGGCUUGUGUGCUAUUAACUGACUUGUGGAUAUUAAUGUUGAAUCUCAAUUAUUAGAUACUGGCAUAGCAAUAUUAUUCUUUAAGACUUAAAGAAUAAUUAAAGCUGAUAGCAUUUUUAUUUAUUAUAUUGGUCAGGGAUAAUUGGAAUACCCCUUUAAGUGUUGAGCAUUAUUGUAGUUGUGAAAGGUACUAUAAUGCUCUCUAGACCUUGUAGUCAGUGAAAGAAAUAAUUUGUUUUAAAAGGAGAAAAUCUUGUCACUAAUUGAAGUUUGUGACAAACUGUAUAAAAGGUUUGCAUGUGUUUACUUGUGGAAAAAGUCUCAAGAAGUGCCAAGUGAGUUGGUCUGCUUGCCGAUGCUCGGGUAAUGAGACAACUGCUACAUGCCUUGUAGCAAAAAUGAUGUUGCAGCUGUGAACUUUGAGAUUUGUAUUUUAAGAAUUCUGUACUUGUAGCUAUAUUAAAGAUAAAUUUUUGUAAA